UUUGCGUCCGGAAAGUUCUCUUACGAAAGACCUUUUAAAGUUGACCAAUCAUUUGACAGCUUUUUAGUCCUCAAAUCAUGCUUCUGGUCCGAGCAAUCAUUAAAGUAAAUGACGGCAAGGAAGGCGAAUUGUUUCUUAGUUAUUCUUCGGAAAUUUUUAUCUGAACUCUGAUUGAUUAUGUGCAGAAUUUUUCAGCAUUAAUUUUUUUUUUUUUUUUUGGAAUACAAGAUAAAGAUAAAUCAUCUCUUCUUGCUCCACGAUGCAUUUCAACAUCAACAUCGCAUUCUUCACGUUAUAUGCAUUCUUAUUAUCACAUUCUGUGGUGGGAUUCACAAGCAAGACUACUGCAAAGUAUGAAACAACAACUGAGGAGUCGCUCAGGCCCGAUCUGCAGGUCUAUGAAAAGUUCCUCAAGAAUUUUACAAAUACUGCUGUGAAACGUGCCUUGCCGGCCAUGGUACGAUUGAUGGGAAAUGUGAACAUAUCAUCGAGUUGUAUGUCAAGUUUGCUCAAGUAUGUCAUAUCUCUGAAGCAGAUCAAGGUCUGGGCAAUGCGAAUGUUCGAUGCCUCAGCUAAAAUGCCUUCUGGGAUGUUCGAUGGAACCGUGACAGAAUUCGGUUCAUUUGACCAAUGCCUUAAAAUUUUGGUAAAAAACAAGAAAGGAGGUGAAGCUUUCCGCGGGCAGUACUGCUCAGUUGAAGCGGUUCCAAGUCUCGGCCCAAGACCACGAAAUUUAUCUCUCGCCGUGCGACCCAAUGUGAAGUUUGAUGAUUCAAUAAUAAAAGAAAUGCAUACCACUAUCUUUGCCUUCUACCAGUUGUCGUUUAGGUUUGGCAUAUGUGUUCCUUCUACUUGUAGCGUGGAGGAUAUGAGAGCACUUGCAGCGCAAGUUGUGAAGCCUUCUAACUAUGGUAUCCGAGUGUCAAGGUGUCAUGUCUCUGAACCAAUCACUGUGGACACCAUUCACGUCGUAGUGUUGUUUAUUUUAGGUCUCCUGUUCCUGUGCGUGUGUAGUGGGUCAGUAAUCGAAUGGUACCUAACUGAAAAAAACAACAAUGGAGAAAAAUUAAUCAAAAAAAGUUUGGUUCAAGAAAUUUUGUUAGCUUUCUCCAUUCAGAGGAAUGUGAGAAAAUUGUGUUCGUCUAGCAGCCGGACGGGAGAGAUGAAGAGUCUUCAUGGCAUCAGAGCUCUUAGCAUGACGUGGGUUAUCUUAGGCCAUACCUAUAUAUGGGUAAACGUCCAGGCCUUGAGGAAAUCCAGUGUAGCUAGUGUAUGGUUUAACAACUUGGAAUUUGAAGCCGUUUUAAAUGGCUGGCUUUCAGUGUCAUCGUUCAUAUUCCUCAGUGGUCUUCUGACAGCCCAUACAACAUUGCAAUAUAUGAAUAAGACGCGAGGACGAAUUAAUAUAUUUCUUUAUAUUUUGCGUCGAUUCUUGAGGUUGUAUCCAUCCCUAUUGUUACUCCUUGGCGGAAUAUUCUUCCUGCCCUGGAUUGCUUCUGGUCCUUUCUGGCCUGAGUUGCCUGGUGUAGAAGUUAACAACUGUCGUCGAUUUUGGUGGACAAACCUUCUGUUUAUCAACAACUGGAGACCGAUUAAGGAAAUGUGUAUGCAACAUUCUUGGUACAUAUCAGCCGAUAUGCAGCUUCAUAUUAUAGCUCUUCUUGUACUCAUUCCUCUUUAUCAUAACGCUUACUUUGGUAUGGCAUCGGCUGUUUGUCUGACACUGAUUGGCUCCUUAGCUGUGGGAAUCAUCACAUACGCCAAUGACUACGAUCCAACAAUUUUAUUUUCAACGCUCAACGCAGA